AUGAAAUCUGAUGUAACAGGUACAUUAAUCUUCUUAAUUUAAGUACCAGCCAUGUCUAUCUGUAAAGCAUAAGAGCUAUAGUAAAAUAAUACGAUAAGAUCAGGCCAUUGGACACCUGCAGAGCACUAACUCUACCUUGAUUUUCUACAUCAGUCUUAAGAUUUGAUUGAAUCAUCUUAAAAUAACAAAGGAUAAAGAUUAUUCAAAAAAAUGAGUUAAGUAAUUGCCACAAGAAGUCCAAGUUAGUGCAGGUAUAAUUUUUCAAAACCUAUUACAACAACAGAUCACACCACUAAAAGUUCAAUCCAUUUAAUGUUUAAAUGAUAAAACGAAAAAAAAAUAGUAAAUUAUCCAAGCCAACCAAAGAAAUGCCGACUCAAAUAAGAAGUAAAUAAUAUUUCCGAAAAUUAUUUACCUCUCUUAAACAACAUAGUUCCGAAUCUAUAUCAGAAGAGGAGCUAAAGAAUUAUAUUUAAUGA